AUGUCCUCAACCUCUCAGCCAUCUAAACCAACGAUAAUAAAGUUGGUCAUUCCUAAAACGACGGCGCGUGCGUCACCUCCACCAGCGUCCAAAAGUACCCAAACUUCACAGGAAGCUGUCACCAUAACGCCAGAACCUCAGUCGGAAGCAAUCAUGAAUAUAUCGGAAUCACAGCAGGACGUGACCAACACGGUUAAACCCGCCUCUGAGAAACUUCGGGCGAAACAGGAAUGGGUUAAACGAAUGCGAUUGAAGUUUAGCGUCCGACCCGAGUUCGAAAUCACAAAAAACAUUUUACAUCCCGAUGGAACAUUGAAUCAAGACUAUUUUCGACCUCCAAAAUCGCUAACGACUCAACUGCAACGUAAGUGGACGGAGAAAGAGCGCGGAUUGCUGAUAAAAGGAAUUCAGAAAUACGGUAUCGGUCACUACAAAGAGAUUUCCGACGAAUUUUUACUGGAAUGGGUUCGUCCGCAUGAUUUCAAAGUUAACUCCGCACAAGAUCUUCGUGUAAAGACCAUGCGUCUCAUAGGCAGGCAGAAUUUGCAACUCUAUAAGGAUUGGAAAGGGGAUGGUGAUGCGAUAAAAAAGGAAUACGAGAAAAACAAAAUGAUUGGGUUAAAAACAGGAACGUGGAAGGCUGGUACUUUGGUUUAUGACGAAAAGGGAGUCGUGCUGAAAAUGAUUCAGGAGAUGGGUGAAGAAGGCAAAAAAAGGAAAAGAAGAAAUGAUGAGGGUUUGGAGGACGAGGGGUUGUCUGCAAUUGAAGAAGAAGAUUUGAUGAUCGAAUAG